UGAUGAGUGUGCGCCACAGCAGACAGUAGUACAGCAUCGGCAGCAUCCACUCUGUGACCGGAGGACAACUACUGCUGUUGUUCACUCUCCCGCAAACUGAGCCUGUAGCCAACCGCUGGUGCAUCCUUGAAAUAGUUAAUGUUUAGGAGCGAACACAUUUCUGCUUUCAAAAGUAACACCGUUUUCCGGUCGUGAAGUCGGUUGUGCCCUGAGACGCACAAAAGACGCACUCCCAAGUCCACCUGGAUAGCUGACAGAGCAGUCCGGUCUGGUUCGAGGUCCAGUGGGGAGAGACAGAGAGGAGAAGUUAGCCCGGAAGGCAAGAGGAAGAAACAGAGAAGCCAGGAUGAAUCAAAAGAGUCAUUUGAUUUUCACCCUCUACACUAUUUAUGGGAUUCUUCUGAAAGUGGUGGCUUCAAAAGGCAAACCUCGAGGCAUCAGCGGUCAGUACCCUCUGGUUCAGAAUAUGACGGUGACGGAGGGUGGGACGGUGAACAUGACCUGCCGUGUGGAGUAUAAUGACAACACCUCCCUCCAGUGGUCAAACCCUGCACAGCAGACCCUCUUCUUUGGAGACAAGAAAGCUUUAAGGGACAACAGGAUUGAGCUGAUGCAUGCGUCGUGGUCGGAGCUGACCAUCAGCAUCAGUGAUGUCACGCUGACGGAUGAAGGCAUGUACACCUGCUCCCUCUUCACCAUGCCUGUGAGAACAGCCAAAGCCUACCUGACUGUUCUCGGUGUCCCGGAGAAGCCAGAGAUCGACGGCCUGACGAAGCCCGCCUUGGAGGGAGACCAAAUCACUCUGACCUGCAUGACCCAGGGCAGCAAGCCUGCCGCCGACCUGCGCUGGUUCAGGAAUGAAAAGGAGGUCAAAGGUGCCAAAGAGGUGAAUGCAAGUGGGAAGACCUUUACAGUCCGGAGCUCUCUGCAGCUGCAUGUGGACAGAAAUGAUGAUGGAGUGGCAUACACCUGCAAAGUGGACCAUGUGGCACUCGCACAGAUGCCACAGCAGGCCACUGAAGUACUGGAGGUCCAUUAUGCUCCUCAUGUGAAGAUCAUCAACUCCCUUGUAGUCCCUCAGGAGGGUCAGUACUUAAAGCUGGAGUGUAUGUCCAAAGGAAACCCUUCGCCAGAUCCUGUGAUGUGGACAAAGGAUGGGGGUGAACUUCCUGACCUGGACCGGAUGAUUGUAGAGGGGAGGGAGCUCACCUUUACUUCGCUCAACAAGACAGACAAUGGCACUUACCGCUGCGAAGCUAGCAACCACCUAGGGACCAGCAGCGCUGAAUAUGUACUCUACGUCUAUGACGUCCCCACAACCCUGCCUCCAUCCACCACUCUCCCCCUACAUCCCAUCCCUCCAGAUCCUACCGCUCAAUUAGGCACCCACGACCCCACAGUCACUGGCAACAGAGAUCCCAACGCCAUUGGGCAGCACGGCACGGACCAUGCCUUGAUCGGAGGAGUGGUGGCUGUAGUCGUCUUCGUCACCCUGUGUCUAAUCAUUGUUCUGGGAAGAUACCUGGCCAGGCAUAAAGGAACUUACUUGACGAACGAGGCCAAAGGAGCGGACGAUGCGCCCGACGCCGACACAGCCAUCAUCAACGCCGAGGGCAACCAUGCUCACGCAGAAGAAAAGAAAGAAUACUUCAUUUAGACUGCAGGGGGAGCUGCUGCCUCUUUCCCUUAAGCCCUCUUUCAAUCUCUGUAUCUCUUUUUCUCUCUCUUCUUCUCCACGUCUGACAACUGCCGCCGCCGUAUCAACAAGAAACCCGCAGGCAGUCCACAGACAAGAGAAGUUCCCUAAGUGUUUUCCUAUCAUUGCCUUUUGUCUAUCAUUUACAUCGUGUCCUUUAUUUCUUUAUUGCUUUCUUCUUUUCUUUGGCAGCCGGUUUUCACAGGCAGCUUGCAGUCGCUGCCGAAAUUAUCCCGUUCUCAUAUUGUUCCUCACCUUUGGCGUGAAUGCCUGGAAGUCUGUAUAUCUACCAUGACUGCUUUCUUACAUGAGCCCUUCUUCAUCUUCUCUGCUGUUUCCCCUCUAAGCAGACACACAAACACACACUAUAUCCCCUUUGUUCACACACACGUCCACAAACACAUGAUCAUAUGUCACAUCAACACGGUGCCUAAAAAUACAGACGCCAUUGAACUUCUGUCAAUGCCUUCAUGUAUCGUCUGUCAGUAGCAAUGUAAAUGCUUUGUAGAUGGGUUAACUGGACCGUCAUUUCAUUGCUUAGCUCACAGCUUCUUUGAUUAUGCAUUGUGUCUUUUUUUAUUUUACUAAAGAUCUUUGCUGUUUACGCCUUAUACAUGUCUAUCACACUGAAUAUGGUACGUUUAGAUCCACCUCCCCCGACCCCAUCCCCCUCUAAAUAGACUUGUAAUUAAACAGUUGACCCUUGUAAGAUAAGAAGAAGGUUUUGUGUAACACUGUAGCAAGCUUUGUCAGAUAAGUGUAUCAUAUCAUUUUCAUUAUUAGGGUAGGGGUUAUAAGGGUAGUGUUGUAUUGUUGAGAGCAGAGAAUAAACACAAAUGCUACAUGAAGCAUUCCAUUAAUUAAACUCAAUCAAGUGUAUAAAACCAUUUGCUAAAUCUGCUGUCCCUAUGUACUUUUCUCUGUAUAUUCCUGCACUGUCCAGGCUGCAGUUUAGCGGCACACCAACACCUUCAAGGUCCUCUUGACAGCUUACAGUAGUUUGUGAUUCAUAUAAAGGGUUCAGGUGUACAGAAGGAAUACAUCUCCUCUCUCUAAAAGCUGUAUAAAUUGUAUUGAAAUGAGUUUAGCUUUUCACUUUGAAUGAUUUGGUUUGUGUUUAUGUCACCAUUUAUUCAUUUUAAUACUUAAGGACCCCGUGAAAUGUAAGAUGAACCAUGAGAAGUUAAUAAAAUAAGUUAGGAGGAAAUGCGUUUUGUAGUGUUACAUCAGUUUUCUUCCCCCCUGUUAAUAAUGUAUUUAUCAUGGUUACCUCUUUUAAGCUUGAGGUACAGACAGCUUUCAACAAGGUUUUCUACACACAUUCCUGUGUUGGCUCAAAAAUAAGCCUCGAUAUUAUUUUAUACAAAUAGUGAUAACCUCAGUUUGACUUAAACCAUAUUUUCUGUAUUUGUAUCUCAAUUGAACUAUUUAGUUCAACUGUAUAUAUCACCAACAUGGCAGAAACUCUCCCCAUUAUACUGCAUAACUGCUCUUCUUGUUUCCAUGUUGUUGGAGUCACUCUCCAUGACCUGCGCUUCGAUUUCCAUUUCAUGGGGUCUUCAAGCAAAAAAAGAGGAGAAAAAAAGAAAAUAGUGUGUGAGUGCUGGGUCAUAGAUCUGCAGGGGGCUCCUUUCCAAAAACUAAAAACUGAAGAUAAAUAGAGAAGCACAAAAUGUCUGAAUGAGAAACUGUGUUCCCUUGCUAACAACUGGAUUGCCUUGGGAAUGUUUCUUCUGUUCAAAUGGGCAGUGGAGAGAUGCUGAGGCUGUCUUUGAUUCAAUUCUGGAGAAAGAUGAAUCAGUGCAUUUUUUUGAAACUGUAAGGUAAAUCAUGUUUUUAUAUAAAAAAAGGAAAUGUUUUUAAUAUUUUUGUUUUAAAUGGUUCUAAGCUCCCUGCUGUGUAUUGUGAACGCUAAAAUGUGGUUGAUUGUGAAAAUUGCUGUUAAAUUCUGGAUUCCUUCAAAUUUGUAUAUUAGCCACCCUAUCUAUUUACUUUUCUUUUCAUUUUUAUCAGUGCAUAAUACUUAUUGGAACAAUUUUAAACAAAUGUAUUUUGUUUUGGCACAAGGCAUGUAUAUAAUGUGUGAAAACUAAACUUUGGUUAUACACAUUAGCAUGUUUUUGUUUGGUUCUUUUAUCAUAUUUAAUUUAUUUAAACUGAAGUUAUUUGAGAGAGAACCGCAAUGAAAGUAUGUUUGUAACUUCAUUUUGGAGAGUCGUGGCUUCUUGUGAUUGUGGUGCUAAAAUUCGAAAGGAUUUGAUGUUGUAAAAAAUGUGGUUAGCAAAAAUGUCAAAGCUGAACAGAAAUGAAGAAAUGGCCCAACUGCCGUCUCCAAAUCCCUAAAGUUCAAAUUAGAGUUGAAACGCUUUCAAAGAAACGUUACCUUCAAGCUGGAGGCUGAAAAAGUUUCCCACACAAACGAAACAUAUCCUUGGAGACAACUUCUGUUUCUUUUCAUAUAUCCCUGCCAGUCGUCUUUCAUCAGAUUGAACACAUUUGGCUGAUUUAGUUUCCCAUGAAAGACGGAUAAACACUGUGGCCUCUGGAACUGAAACUUAAACGCAAGGCACUCAUCUACUAAAAGGGAGCAAAUUAUUACCAAGGGCAAUAAAAUACUGGGCCCAGCUGUCUCCAAUUCGAUGGCCAAUUUACAACAUUAUGCAAAUAAGGUCAGCAAGUAAGGUCUUUCUCUAUGUGUAGGACUCGAGCUGCUGGAGUGAAUCACAAGUUGGGAAUCAUUAAACAUGUCACCACUGAUGUAGAAUUUAGGUUGCAUAUUACAUUUUAAUGAUUUGAUUUUAAUGAUUUGUUAUUUAAAAAUGCAAAAUCUUAGCCACAGUUGCCACAUUGAAUCAUUUCAGUGCACUUGAAUCAAUAUUGAACUAUUUACAGGUUUGACUUCAGCCUCACCACAUUAUCCUUCUGCACUAAAGCGUUCUUAAAAACCUUCUGUAUCACAUGUGUGUAUAGGUACAUUUAUCACAAUAGUGUUAUGUCUUUUUUUUACUUUUUUAUCUCUUGUUCUUUUCAUUGUGUCUUAAAUCAAUGACGGUGUCAAUCAAAUGUUCUGUUGUUUCAUCCAUCUUAGAAAUAAGAGAGUGGUUGAAUGGAUUUGUUGAUUCUGAAGUCAGAUGAACAGGCUGUUUUAUAUGAAAUGAACACUCACAAAUAACCGGGUCUGACGUGACGAGUUGGUGUUUAGAACUGAAACAGGUGCCAUUUACUGAAUUAUGCACUCUGACUCAUUUGAUGGAUAUUUCUUAGUAAUUGGUGAAAUGUGUCUGUUUUUUCCUUUCUGAAAACCACAUGUAAAUAUUUGUUUUGAGGUGAAAGUAAUGCGCUGAUUAGUUUCAAAUCACUUUUCAUGAUAGUUAGACAGAACCUGAAUCUUUUUUUAAUUUGUUAUUCUAGCAGCCUGGCACAUACCAUCAUGCACUAUUUUAAACUAGCUGUGUUACAUCUUUUGGUUGGUCAUUAGUCCAAUACAUUUUUUUGUUGUCGGUUGAAACUAAGCUUUAAACUUUUUGCCUCCUUGCUUUCCAACAUACUGUAUAUGCGUUUGGUUAAUGUCCGGCAAAUGAUGGGCCUCUAAUUUCAUCCUGGCGGCAUACAGUUAUAGCGCUAAUCGCGGUGCAAUGUUCUUCAGGCACUGAAGUAGCACUAUGGAGCACUAAUUAUAGACUGGCUUCUGUUUGGUUAAAUUUCCCAGCUCCAAACGAAGCCACUUUGUUUGUCUGAAGGUGGGAGUGGUGCAGCUGAGAUGACUUGUUAAUGCAGAUCAGGAAGUGCAAUACUGGCAGUCAUUUCGGCAUGAAAUUGCACACAGUUUCGUGAACAAUUUUCACGUGAGUGGUUGCACAAAAAAAGACCUGUACACAAUCAUGAAAAUAUCUCUCAUGUAGGCUGAAUUGUAGUCAUAUGUGUGUGUUCCACCUGUGUAGGGCAACACUGUUAACAGUAAUGCUAGCAAUAUAUUAAGCUACAAGUUACUGUCGAUGGGGACUAAGUUCAGUUAUAAUUCAAAUAACAUUAUAUCAGAGGGUUUCAGUGUAUCCUGAAACUUACAUUUUACAUUGAAAAGGAACAUCAGAACAUCCUUGGCUGCAUAUUUCGGGAGCUGUUUUAUUGUGCCUUGCACCUCCAAUUUGUUAUUCUGCCCUCCUCCUGCCUGUCUGCUUCUUUUAAUGAGGGAUGAGACGAGCUGAUGUGAUUGGUUAUUAUUGAAGCUUGUCCAAACUCCACCUACUGAUACUGCAUGAUGUAUUCAUCCUGCUACAUCCUUUACACACACUGCACUGCCCCAGAAGAGCCUCUCUGGUCACAAAGUGCUGCAGUCAGUUGGGGCAGACACACACGUGAAUUCUCGUCUAAGUUAGCGCAAGCAAUUGUCUCCAGUUUCGGGAAAUUAGAGGCCCAUAUCAAGUAAAAUAACCACUUUGGAUCCCUCACCUAAAAGGGAUGUAUAAGAAAGGAAUGGCCACUUUGAGUCAUAAUCUGUCUGAAAUACUGUACUGGUUGAAAUCUUGUUUUAAAUAAUGGUUUUGAUGGUCUUGGUCUCCACAGAAGUGUUGAUAGCAUGGCAUGUUUCGGUCCAGCGCUAUCGCUCCUGCUCUGACGCAGUUUGGCUUCAGCGCACUUCUUUGUCCCUCUGCACUGUUGACACUAAAACCAAUCAGCUUAAUCUCCAUAUCAUCACAAAGAUGACAAAACAUGUGACACAAUCACGUGUCAAGAUUUGAUUUUAUUAUAUCUCUUUUUCUUUUUUUUUGCAUCUCAGGAAAAUAUUUCAUUUAGAGAGAUUAUUUUUGAGUUGUUUGUUUUCUGUCUUAAAAUGGGGACUUGUGAGCACUGAUCACUCUGCUCGUCCCUGAAUGCCGACACCAUGUAUUUGUUGAGUUUAAGAUUAUCGCAAUGUUAAUAAAACUAUUCAGUGAUUCUUCAGUAAUUGUCAUCUUGCUAUCAUUGGGAUAUUAGACUUAAGAGACAUUGUUUUAUAUGAUCACUGACUUGAAAUACUGACAUUUAGAAAUAUGCUGCAAAUAAUCACGAGUUUUCAAGAAUGAUAGAAGUUGUGUUGAUACGCAAUGUUACCUGAAUUUAGCUUAUGCUAUGUAAGCAGUUCAAUGCUUUUGCUCUAUUUCAUAAUGUUUCCUUGUAGCAACACGCAUCUUUCUGUAUAUCAGUACUUAGAUGAAACAAGUUGUAACGCACUAUCACUCACAAAAUACAAAAUAUCCACAGUAGAGAUCAGGAUUCGAGUUAGACACAUGUACCUUGGCGAACUAAUGGGUUUCUUAUCAAGCUGUACUGAGGGCUUGAUUUGAUAUUUAGCACCGUAAUGAAGGUGUUUUUUCCCCAUUGUCUGUGGGAUUUAUUAUAUUUAAUUUAGAGGUUCGUUCUCAUGUAUGAAAUGAAAAUUGUUGAAUAAAUAGUUGCCAAAA